AGUGUCCUGUUUGUGAUGGGGUUUUUUCCCCUUAGAAAAGAAAAGCCAUCUUCUUCCUUGGGAGAAAGAUGGAAAGAUACAGCAGAGACAGUGAUCAUCGGAGGUGGUUGUGUUGGUGUGAGUCUAGCCUACCAUCUGGCCAAGGCUGGCAUGAAAGACGUUGUUCUACUGGAGAAAUCUGAACUCACCGCUGGAUCUACUUGGCAUGCAGCUGGUUUAACAACUUAUUUUCAUCCUGGAAUAAAUCUAAAGAAAAUCCAUCACUACAGUAUCAAACUCUAUGAAACACUGGAAGAAGAGACUGAACAGGCUGUGGGCUUUCAUAAUCCAGGCAGCAUCAGAAUUGCUUCAACUCCUACUAGAGUUGAUGAGUUCAAAUAUCAAAUGACUCGUGCUGGCUGGCAUGCAACAGAACAGUAUAUUAUUGGGCCCGAGAAAGUACAAGAGCUGUGUCCUUUACUGAACAUGGAAAAGGUUUUAGCUGGCCUGUAUAACCCUGGAGAUGGUCAUAUUGAUCCCUAUUCUCUCACUAUGGCCUUGGCUGCAGGAGCUAGGAAAUAUGGUGCCUUGUUAAAUUACCCGGUUGAAGUGACUAAUCUAAACUCUAGAUCAGAUGGGACAUGGGAAGUUGAAACUCCAUUGGGAGUAAUUCGAGCAAACAGAAUAGUGAACACAGCAGGCUUCUGGGCUCGGGAAAUAGGCAAAAUGAUUGGACUUCAGCAUCCUCUGAUACCAGUUCAUCACCAGUAUGUUGUGACAUCAACUAUCCCUGAAGUGAAAGCUCUGAAAAGGGAACUGCCUGUGAUUCGUGACUUAGAAGGUUCAUAUUACCUAAGGCAGGAAAGGGAUGGGCUUUUAUUUGGACCAUAUGAAAGCCAGGAGAAAAUGAAAAUGCAGGAAUCAUGGGUAACAAAUGGAGUUCCACCAGGUUUUGGAAAGGAACUCUUUGAGUCCGAUUUAGACAGAAUAAUGGAACAUAUAGAGGCUGCAAUGGCAAUGGUUCCAGUCCUGAAACAAGCAGACAUCAUUAACACAGUUGCUGGGCCUAUCACCUAUUCUCCAGACAUUCUUCCUAUGGUGGGGCCACAUCAAGGUGUCCGAAAUUACUGGGUAGCUAUUGGCUUUGGAUAUGGCAUUAUCCAUGCUGGUGGUAUAGGAAAGUAUCUCAGUGAUUGGAUCUUCAAUGGGGAGCCUCCUUUUGAUCUAAUAGAAUUGGAUCCGAAUCGUUACGGAAAAUGGACCACCACAGAAUAUACAGCAAUCAAAGCAAGAGAAUCUUAUGGAUUUAACAACAUUAUUGGUUAUCCUAAAGAAGAAAGGUUUGCUGGGAGGCCUACAGAGCGAGCCAGUGGGCUUUAUGAAGUGCUUAAAUCCAAAUGUUCAAUGGGCUUCCAUGCAGGAUGGGAGCAGCCACAUUGGUUCUACAAACCAGGAGAUGAGAUUGGAUACAAACCCAGUUUUCAACGCACAAACUGGUUUGAGCCCAUGGGCCGUGAGUACCAUCAGGUUGUGGAAAAAGUGGGUGUGAUUGACCUGUCACCGUUUGGCAAGUUUAAAAUCAGAGGCAAAGAUUCUGUUAAAUUGCUGGAUCAUCUGUUUGCAAAUGUCAUUCCAAAGGUGGGAACUACAAAUAUAAAUCACAUGCUAACACCAACAGGCAAAGUUUAUGCUGAGUUAACAGUCUCUCAGCUAUAUCCAGGGGAGUUCAUGCUUAUCACUGGCUCCGGGUCAGAACUCCAUGAUCUGAGGUGGAUAGAAGAGGAGUCAAAGGCAGGUGGAUACAAUGUUGAAAUUAAAAAUAUUACAGAUGAGAUGGGAGUACUUGGUGUAGCAGGACCAUAUGCACGAAAGGUCCUCCAGAAACUGACUACUGAGGACCUUAGUGCUGCUGCAUUUAAGUUUCUUCAGGCCAGGCAUUUUAAGUUUUCUGACAUUGCUGUUACUGCUAUUAGGAUAUCCUAUACAGGUGAACUGGGUUGGGAGCUCUACCAUAAAAAAGAAGAUUCUGCAGCUCUUUACAAUGCUAUAAUGGAAGCAGGACAGGAAGAAGGAAUUGACAAUUUUGGAACUUACGCCAUGAAUGUCUUACGGCUGGAAAAGGCUUUCCGGGCUUGGGGGGCAGAGAUGAACUGUGACACUAAUCCUUUGGAAGCAGGACUGGAAUAUUUUAUAAAGCUAAACAAGCCAGCAGACUUCAUAGGAAAGCAAGCACUGAAGCAGAUUAAAGAAAAAGGGCUUAAACGGCGACUGGUGUAUCUCACCUUGAAAACGGAUAAUGUUGAUCCAGAGGGAAAUGAAAGUGUGUGGUUUAAUGGCAAGGUUGUUGGUAAUACCACAUCUGGCAGUUACAGCUAUAGCACCCAGCAGAGCUUGGCUUUUGCAUAUAUUCCCACAGAACUAAGCAAAGCUGGACAGAAACUGGAAGUCGAACUACUCGGAAAAAAGUAUUUGGCAGCUGUUAUCCAGGAACCACUGGUGCUGACUGAACCAACAAGAGAGCGCCUGCAGAGAAAGGGUGGGAGUGCCAAGGUGUAAAUGCAGAGGGCAUUUAUAGUAAAUUAUCCAGUACUGAAUGGUUUGAUUUGCAACUGUGAUUCAUUAAUCACCACAGGCAAGAUUCUCAUUUGCCCUGUACAUCUAUGCAGCAGAUUAAAGUUUCAGGCACCUCACUGCCUCUUUGAAUAGACUAUUCACAUCACUGUUCAGAGCAUAGGAGGAGGACAGCAGGAUCCUCUGCGCUGCCAUCCCUUUUUUCUCUGAGCCCUAGUGGGCAGGAAAUGAUUGAAGAAUUAGCAAGCCCAUUAUUCAGUUUCUCCAUGCACUGGGCAGCAGAGCUGAACUAGUAUGGAGAUGGAAGUAGUUUGCUAUUGGUAUUAGAUGAUAGCUACUUUGCCUCUUUCAGAAUCAUAUUUUUCUCUGGUCUGCACCUGGGGCAGUACAGCUACAUGUUGCUCUGUAUAUCUAGCCCUGACAAAAGUCAUAGUCUAAUCCCUGGAGGAGGAGCUAGUUAGGUCCACAUAAAAAUGUCCUGGAAAAAAAUUGAAGUCUGCUCCAGAACAAUAUUUUUUUAAAAUGUUUUAAAAGACAGACUGAGUUGAUAAUACUUCUUCAGCUGUGUUACUCUGGCAUGGAUUUUGAUGGAGGAUAGCAAUUUAAUCCACCCUAAUGAAGUAACUCUAGAACGGUCACUAUACUAUGGAGGAUUUUGUUGUAGAUUAUCUGGUAGACUAUAUGCGGUGUUAUUCAACAUGAACAGUAUUGCUACCCAGUUUUUACAAUCUGCUAAAAUGUACUAAAUCAAGCAGCCUUUUCCCCAAGGUUUUUCCUUUCUCUAUUACUCAACAAAUAACCAGUAAUAACAACAAUGUGAUGUUAUACAAGUAAGUAUUAUGGUUGAAAAUAUAUAUAGAAAACUAUAGCAUUUAUUCCAGUGUUAGUCUUUUGAUCAUCCAAAUAAGCAAGAUUUUUGAUAUUAUAAAACAGAAACAAGGGAAACAUUGAAUUAUUAUAACAAAAUUGUCAAUUCCACAGUAUACUCAGCACUUCUCUUUGGAUCACAAUAUUGUCAUAAUUCCCAAAAUUGUCAUAACCUAAAAAUGACUUAAAAAAUUCUGGAAUACUUGUUUAGAUAGCAUGCAACAUUAUGUUGUUGAUAGCCCUUUUCAAAGGUCAUGUAAAAAAAAUUGCCCCAAGUGUACUGUGUUACAAAGGAACUGGUACUUCGAAAUCCUCAGUAAAGAAGUGGAGGUAUAAAUAGAACAUGCCAGUAGAAACACAGUUUGAAUAAUGAGCACUUAUCAUUGCCACCAACCUAAUGCAAGUUGACAUUACAUUGUGCAGUUCUGCAUAUCCUUUUACAAA